UUUUUCAGGGCGCAUUCCCCGGCAGCAAUGUGGAGGGAAAGGGCGACUACGUCCAGCUGAACAUUUUUUGUUACACACUUUUAUCAUCGGGUUUUAUUCCUGUUUUUGCAAACUUUGUUAGACACACCAGCGAAUCGUGGAGAAAGCCAACCGAUGGAGAAGUGAAGAAAACUGCAGGCUGACCGUCUCGUGUUUUUUUCUGUUCUGUGGGUUUUUUUGUACUCCAGCCAUUGUUUUCUCACACAUGGAUAUUAGGAGAUGAAAUCGGACGUGUUUCUCGCUCUUGUGAAAGCCUUCUCGCUCGGACUGUAGUUUAUGUUGUCCCCGGGCUCUGUAGGAGGAGGAGAGAGAGUCCCAUUCCUCUGCAGCACAACAAGGAGACACUCAGCGGCCACAAGUUGUCCACAAGCUGCGAAGGAGACCAAACUUUGCCAAGUUGCUGCGCAUCCGGCCGCUGAAGCCAAACGCGCGUCGAUAUUUUGUUUAUCCUCGUCGUAACUUUUACUGUGGAUUAUUAUCGCCAGUCUCGUCAUGGACCACGGGAACUCGUUCAGUGGUUGAAAAGGGGCGUUUGAAUCAUGAACAGUUACUUGUAGUUUGUUUACUACUCCAGUUUGGACUACAUUGAUCCGAUACAAAACAAGUCAAUUGUUAUUGUUUUUUACCCUAUCCUCUGUACUAUCUAUUCUGCAAAAAUGCCACAGCUAAACGGAGGUGGUGGGGAUGAUUUGGGGGCCAAUGAUGAGAUGAUUUCUUUUAAAGACGAAGGGGAGCAGGAAGAAAAGAUAUCCGAAAAUGUGUCAGCGGAAAGGGAUUUGGAUGAUCUGAAAUCCUCCUUAGUGAACGAGUCGGAAAACAACAGCAGCUCGUCAGACUCAGAGCAAGCAGAGAGGCGCCCCCAAAGAAGACCCGACUUAGAAAGUUAUGAGAAAGCAAGAGACUACUUCAGUGAAGCACUGAGGAGGCAGCAAGAUGGUGGCUUUUUUAAGAGUCCUCACUAUCCUGGCUACCCGUUUCUCAUGAUCCCAGACCUCUCCAACCCAUACCUAUCCAACGGUGCACUGUCUCCGAGUGCAAGAACAUACCUGCAGAUGAAAUGGCCUAUUCUGGACGUCCCCGGCUCAGCAGGACUUAAAGAUUCCCGUUCUCCAACACCGGGGCAUCUAUCCAAUAAAGUCCCAGUGGUGCAGCACGCCCACCAUGUCCACCCACUGACGCCCCUCAUCACCUACAGCAAUGAACACUUCUCCCCCGGCACGCCGCCGUCACACCUCUCCCCAGAGAUCCUCGACCCAAAGACAGGUAUUCCUCGGACACCUCACCCGUCAGAGCUCUCUCCCUACUACCCCCUCUCUCCUGGGGCUGUGGGAUCCAUCGCACACCCUCUGGGAUGGCUCAUGCCACAGCAGGGCCAGCCCAUGUACUCCAUCCCUCCGGGGGGAUUCCGUCACCCCUAUCCAGCGCUAGCAAUGAAUGCAUCCAUGUCCAGUUUGGUGUCCAGCCGAUUCUCGCCUCACAUGGUGAGUCCGCCUCCACACGGCCUCCACCAGACCGGCAUUCCCCAUCCAGCCAUCGUCUCCCCGGGAAUCAAACAGGAGCCCCAUGACAUGAGUCCCUCGAUGCAUGCCAGGAAAUCUCCCGUUCCUCCCAAGAAAGAAGAGGACAAGAGGCCUCAUAUCAAGAAACCUCUGAAUGCUUUCAUGCUGUAUAUGAAGGAGAUGAGAGCCAAAGUAGUGGCCGAGUGCACUCUGAAAGAGAGCGCUGCCAUCAACCAGAUCCUUGGAAGACGGUGGCAUUCCCUGUCCAGAGAGGAGCAAGCCAAAUACUAUGAGCUGGCCAGGAAAGAGAGGCAACUGCACUCCCAGCUCUAUCCGGGGUGGUCAGCACGAGACAAUUACGGAAAGCGAAAAAAGAGGAAGAGAGACAAUAAACCCGACUCGAAACCAGAAGACUUCUCCAUUAGAAGCAAGAAGCAGUGCGUGCAGUACCUGCCCUCAGAGAAGAUGUGUGACAGCCCGGCGUCGUCCCACGGCAGCAUGCUGGACUCACCCGCCACUCCCUCCGCAGCCCUGGCCUCCCCCGCUGCUCCCGCCGCCACUCACUCCGAACAGGCGCAGCCGCUAUCACUCACCACCAAACCGGAGGGACGCAUGCACCACCACUUCUCCCUAGCCGGGAAAGCUUCUGGAUCUUCUUCCUCCUCCUCUUCUUCUUCCUCCUCCUCCUCCUCUUCCCAUUCCCAUUCCCACCUCUCAAUCCCAAUUGGUACUUCAGGUAGCCAUUCGACACCCAUCCUCAGCCGGCCAAUCCCCUUCACCUCCCUGCACCACUCCAUGCUUUCCCCCCCUUCCCCUUACCAUCAGGCGGCCCUUCACUCCCAUCAUGCCUUGUUCCAGUCGCAGCCCCUCUCCCUGGUUACCAAACAUAAUGAUUAAAUCUGCAAAAAGGCAAUUUUUAUCCCAUGUAUUGUGCUGUAUAUUGCUUUUCUUUAAAAAUUAGUUAUUAGAACAGCUUUUUUUCUAAAUAAUGAAAAGGAAGAAAUAUUAUUGGUCAAUAUUUGACCGGCUCCUUUUCUACAUCUCUCAAUGAAAAAUGAAAUGUAUUUUUUGUAAAGUUUACUGCAGAACUGGUUUCUUUUUUUGAUGCAUUUACCCAAUGAACUUCUUGUAUAAAAGAACCAAUGUACAUAAUGUUUCUUUAUAAAAACAAAAAAAGAAACAAAAACAUGUUUUCUUUUUAGCCAAAACCUGAUUAAUUUUAGUAUUGAGUUUACGACAUAGUACUGGCCAAUAAUUGCAGCCGCCCCCUUUUCAAUUCACGAGUGUGUGUCCCUUCUUUGACAUGUUAAAUAAACAUUUGAAAUUGUUUCUUAAAAGAAAUGUCUCUUUUUGUCUUUUCACGAUCUAUCAGCCGGUGUUUUUGUCAUUUAAUAAAGAGACCUUUCUUUAAUGAGAUUAUGUGGUUUGGAUUAAUAUUCCCACAUGAGUGACCACAGUGCAUAACAAGUCGAUAACUGCGUUUUGUCGGUGUUACAAAUGUACACUUAAUGAGCAGUAUAAUUUUAUUAC